GGCGCCAUGUACUGCCUCCAGUGGCUGCUGCCGGUACUGCUCAUCCCCAAGCCUCUGAACCCGGCGCUGUGGUUCGGCCACUCCGUGUUCAUGGGCUUCUACCUGCUCAGCUUCCUGCUGGAGAGGAAGCCCUGCACCAUCUGCGCCCUCGUCUUCCUCGCCGCACUCUUCCUCAUCUGCUACAGCUGCUGGGGCAACUGCUUCCUGUACCACUGCCAGGGCGCCGCGCUGCCGGCCGCCGCCCACGACCCGGCCGUCGUCGGGACCUAGGGGUUAAACAUGAGGGGGGGGGCUGGAGGAGGACCGUACCAUUCUGUAAAGGGGGCAUCGGCUGCACUUCUGGGGGCGGGGCUUAAAGCGUGUUGAGGGUCACGGGGUCGUGUUGCUGGAGAGAGACUCCUGAGCAGGAGGUGGCAGGAGGAGACGCGUCAACAUUCACAUCGCUGCAGCUUCCCCCUCCAGCGCCC